UAUGCACACUCUUAUCAUUAGUGCACAAUUGUGAUAUUUUAUGGUAAAAAAUUAUAAUAUUUGCUUAUGUAAACGUCUUAUCAAUGUUAAUGUUUUUAGAGCAGUGUACAUUUCUACUUCUUUAAGUGAAACUCUUUAAAUAAAGAAUAGUAAGGUAUAAACUUACAAGUCAACACAACUGAGUGAACAUGGAAACAGACAUAACACAUAGAAGAAACUGUAUUAACUUUACGAUUAAUGGAAUACCACAUACCGUAUCAGGAUGUAUACCAAGUGACACGUCCCUGAACGUCUACAUCCGCGAUUAUGCGAAACUUCGCGGAACAAAAGCAAUGUGCCACGAGGGUGGCUGCGGAGCCUGCAUUGUCGCUACGGAAAUCAAGGGCGAGACAAUGGCCGUGAAUUCCUGUCUCGUACCGAUAUUGAUCUGCGAUGGAUGGGCUAUUUACACGAUCGAAAGCUUAGGUAACGGACGAGAUGGUUAUCAUACGAUUCAAGCUACGCUUGCUAAUAAAAAUGGCUCGCAAUGCGGAUAUUGCUCUCCCGGCAUGGUAAUGAAUUUAUACAGUCUCAUACAUGACCAAAAAUUGUCCAUGCAGCAAAUUGAAAAUUCGUUCGGUGGCAAUAUUUGUCGAUGUACUGGUUAUCGUCCAAUUUUGGAUGCGUUUAAGGGAUUUGCUAGCGAUGCAUCUCCAUCAGCGAUGAAAAGCAUUCAUGAUAUCGAGGAGUUUUACAAGAUCCAAACUUGCCCGAAAUACCAAACACAGUGUACAAAUAGUUGCUCCGCUAAACAACUUGUCCGUGGAAACGAAAUGUUGGACAUAAAGUUGGUGGACGCGGAAUUCUACAAAGUUUACUCAAUCGAGGAUCUAUUCGCGAUAUUUCAACGAAAACCAGACGCUACGUAUAUUCUAAAUGGCGGAAAUACUGCGCAUGGUGUUUAUCGUUCGAGCAAGAAAGAUCUCUACAUUGAUAUAAACGACAUCUCAGAAUUACGUCGCGUCGAAAAAACCAAUCAAUACUUAGUCCUAGGCGGAAAUACAUCCCUUACAAAGGCGUUACAAACCUUUCAGAAAUAUUCAACCGAAUCAGGAUUUAAAUAUCUACGUCAUUUGGCCCACCACGUAGACCUGAUCGCACACAUACCCGUGCGAAACAUCGGCAGCAUUGCCGGCAAUCUGAUGAUCAAGCACGAGCACAACGAAUUCCCAUCCGAUGUGUUUUUAAUAUUAGAGACGGCCGGUACUGAAGUGCAUAUUCUCGAAAAACCCGGCAACAAGCACAGCGUGAACCUAUUGGAAUUCUUGAAACUCGACAUGUACCACAAAAUCAUCUACAGCGUUGUUUUACCACCGCUAUCCGACGGGUACGAAUACAGAUCCUAUAAGAUCAUGCCUAGGGCUCAGAACGCUCAUGCUCAUGUCAACGCCGGCUUCCUCUUCAAGCUCAGUCCUAAAGGAACGGUGCUGAAGAGGCCUAACAUCAUCUACGGAGGCAUCAACAAGAAUUUCUUGCACGCGACGAUCACAGAGCUAAUGUUAAUCGGUAAAUCAAUCCUAGACAAUCAGGUGCUGAAGAUUGCUUUGAAGAUGUUGCACGAUGAAUUGCAGCCUGACCAUGUAUUGCCGGACUAUUCGCCGGAAUUUCGCAGAACUCUCGCCAUAGGAUUAUUUUAUAAAUUUGUGUUGAGUCUCAAGCCAGAGAACGUUAAUCCCAGACUUCGUAGCGGAGGUUCCUUGUUAGAACGAGGUCUCUCUUCAGGUACGCAGGACUACGAUACGGACAAGAACGAGUGGCCGGUGAAUAAGCCCGUACCGAAGUUGGAUGCAAUUAAACAAACAUCGGGCGAAUCUCAAUAUUGCAAUGAUCUGCCUCCAUAUCCUAGGGAAGUGUUUUGCGCUUUCGUUCUCACUAAAAUCGGUAACGGCAAGAUUGACAGUAUAGACGCGAGUAAGGCACUUUCUAGAAAGGGUGUAGUGGCAUUCUUCAGCGCCAAGGACAUACCCGGAAAGAAUUUGUGCAUUUCGGCCGCCAGCAAAUUGCUGAAUUUGACAAAUGACGAAUUGCUGUUCGCCGAGAAUAAUGUUCUCUACGCCGGACAGCCGGUCGGCGUGAUCGUCGCGGAGACGUACAAUUUAGCGAACGAGGCCGCGGAAUUAGUGAAAAUUAACUACAGCGAGAUCCUGCGGAAAAAACCGGUGAUAAAUAUUGAGGAUGCGUUGGCCACUCAGGACGAUACCAGAUUUUUUGAAAGCGAGAACGUUCCCGCAAAAACGAGAGGACAAAAUACUAAACAAGUGAUAAAGGGCGUCUUUCAAUGCGGCAGUCAGUAUCACUACACCAUGGAGACUCAGUCCUGCAUAUGCGUUCCCGUGGAGGAUGGUAUAGACGUCUAUCCGUCGACGCAGUGGAUGGAUCUCAUUCAAGUAUCGAUCGCAAAUUGCCUCAAUAUUGAGAAUAAUAGCGUUAAUGUUUAUGUGAGACGACUUGGUGGUGCAUACGGAGCAAAAGUGAAUCGUAAUGUGCAAAUUGCGUGUGCCUGCGCGCUGGUAUGUUACAAACUGAAUCGUCCUGUGCGAUUUGUCAUGACGAUAGAGAGCAACAUGCAAUCGCAAGGCAAGCGGUAUUCUACAUAUCAAGAAUAUGAAAUUGGGGUAGACGACAAUGGAGUUAUUCAGUAUCUUGACUCGAAACACUGGGGUAAUAGCGGCUCCAAUUUCAAUGAUCCCGAAGCUAAAUUAACAGUUCCCAUUAUGCAAAAAGGAUGUUAUACGACCGAUAGCUGGACGUUCAUCGGAGUCGAGGUGCUAACUGACAUACCCUCAAACACGUAUUGUCGGGCGCCAGGCGCUGCAGAAGCCAUAGCCAUGCUUGAGAACAUAAUGGAACACAUAGCAAAAAUAACGAAAAAAGAUCCCGUACAGGUCAGAUUGGCAAAUAUGAACGACGAGGAUAAAGCCGUAUUAGAACCUAUGAUAAAGGAUUUAUCGAAAUCGGCCGAUUAUGAAAUGCGAAAGCGGGCGGUUGAGACGUUCAACAAUCAGAAUCGUUGGAAGAAAAAGGGAAUCGCUUUAGUGACGAUGAAAUAUUUUCUCCAUUUUUAUGGACAGUUCUACGCCAUGGUAUCGGUCUGCGCACGCGACGGUACGGUUUGCGUAACGCACGGUGGAAUAGAGUGCGGCCAGGGUAUAAAUACAAAAGUCGCUCAAGUAGCUGCUUAUACGUUGAAAAUUGAUCUAAAAUUAAUCUCUGUUAAACCAAGCAAUAAUAUAAUAACACCUAACAAUAUAUUCACUGCAGGCAGUACUGCUAGUGACUGCUGUACAUACGCAACUAUCCAAGCUUGCAAAGAGAUUCUGAAGAGACUCGAGCCAGUAAGGAAGAAAAUGAAUAACCCGAGUUGGAAGGAUCUUGUUUUCACGGCGUAUCAACAGGACGUUGAUUUAUGCGCGCGUCAUAUGUAUGCAACCACACUGGACGAUACGAUCAGACCUUACAGCGUUUACGGCGUUACCAUCGCUGAAGUGGAGAUCGAUGUGUUGACUGGCCAGCACAUUAUUAGAAGAGUCGAUUUGAUGGAAGACGCUGGACAAAGUUUGAGUCCGGAAAUUGAUGUUGGUCAGGUGGAGGGAGCUUUCGUGAUGGGAAUAGGAUUCUGGACUUCUGAGGAUCUGAUAUACGAUUCUAAAACAGGAAUAUUAACAAAUGAUAGAACAUGGAAUUAUAAACCGCCUGGAGCGAGAGAUAUUCCCGAGGAUUUCCGCGUAUCAUUGCGUAAGAACAUAAUCAACCCGUUUGGUGUUCUUCGCUCAAAAGCAACCGGCGAACCGUCACUUUGUAUGAGUUGUGUAAUUCCUAUCGCAAUACGCAACGCGUUAAACUCCGCUAGGGCGGAAGCAGGGAAUACAGAUGAGUGGUAUCGAUUAGAUGGACCGUGUACUACUGAACGUAUACUUCUAAACAGUCUAACUUCCAAGGAUAAUAUGGUACUUUGAAUGUGAAAAUAUAAAUUGUUCGUGAAUUUAAAGAACACGCUCACAAUUGCUUAAUAAUAUCAAUCUGUAAAGUAACAUAAAACAACAUAAAUAUUUUUAAUUAA